AUGUUCAUCAUCAUCAUCAUCAUUACCACCACCAUCAUUUACUCCUCAACCACAACGAGUAAAAAAUCCUGCAACCUGAGCGAAAUAGCCAUUAUGCGUCAGCAGCUGGACUCUGUGUGUGCGCAGCUUAUGAUCCUGCAGGAGAAGCUUUCGCAACCACCUGUAAUUACCAUCUUCGACGAUGCCGAGGUAACAAUUAAAACGGAGCCUGUUUCGCGAAGUUUACCCUCUAUAGAGGAAUCGCUUGUAACCCCUAACGUUACUACUACUAGGGAUUGCAAUCCGGAAAAACGAAUCCGAGAACUAGAAGAAGAAUGCGGACUGAUAGCAAAAAAUCUUACUUAUAAUGGGCUCCUAAAAUAUCAAACUGUCGGCGAUCCAUCAGUGGUGAAAGUCUACGUGUACGUGACCAGCGAGUAUACUGGUUAAAUACAGGAAUCCGACGAAAUGCAGCCGGAACGGUAUGACAUCAAUAACAUACCCUUUGUCAAUAUGCUACCAGACGAUCCAUACUGGUUCCCGUAUAUGUUACGUGGUGAACAAUUUGAGGGCUACUUUCUGAUUGACAAAGAUUAUAAUGUUAUUGAAUAUUCGCUGACUCCACUGGAAAAAGCCCUGGACAAAACUAUUGUGUGACAUAUAUGUAAUUUGGAUAUAGACUACUU